CUCACGCAGCACUCACACCAUCUUUGUCUUGUUUUUGUUUACUCUGCCGCGGUCGAGCCAAAAACGCUCGCUUCUCCUCCGCGCAACAAAAUCGCUUUAUUUCCGCCGGUUCUAAAACCGGCCAACCGGAACCGCGAACAACACGCACCGUGGAAAAUGGCCAACACCGGAGGAGCCCCACCGCCACCGCCGCCGUUGGACGAUGACGACGACGAUUGGUUCAGCAAGGAUAUCGACGAUUUUGUGGUUGACAUCAAGAAGGAUCCUUCGGCCGAAGCUGGGCAAGAUGUUGACACUGCGGCCAGCUUGCUGCUGGAAUCGUUGCGUACCAACCCCAAACGAUUUUUCGACGAUGUCGGCGGAAAUUAUUUUGAUCCGUUUGUUGCGGCCCAGUCGGCGGGAACUUCGGAAACGAAAUUUCACCUGCCAGAAGAUAAGAACGGUUACGUGCAGAAGAUUCCCUAUUCGAAGCUGCUAAAUCUGUCGGAAAAUGAAAGCCGGGAGGUAUUGCUGGAUAUUUACAGCCAGAAGGAGCAAUUUGUGAAGACUUUCAGUCAGGAAAAGUGCGGCGACGAGCUGAUGUUGGUAACGAUGAAGAUUAUGAACAAGAUCGCGGCGCUGCCGGUAUUCGAGAUCAACGAGGAGUUGUUCCUGGUGUUGGUCAAGGAGAGAAACUUUUGGAACAAUUUGAUCAUGUUUUUCAAACGGAGUACUAACCAGGCGGAAGCCCGGAAGAAGAAGAACAAGGGCAAGGUUCAGGGCGUUAGCGUGAUGGACAUGCUGGGCGCGGUUGGGAAAGUGGUUGGAAAUGUUCGGAGGAUUCUUGGCGACAGGAAGCGGAUCACGAAGUUCUUGGAAGAACUUACGGAGGUGUUGGCGAAGGCCAGCGUAAAAGCGGACGCGCUUGGAGCUGGAGGCGUCGUACCCAGUAGCAGUGUAAAGAAUUGGAGUAUAUAUCCAACGUUGGAAGAGUUGAAAGGGACAGGGGCGGAACUGAAACCGAACAUCGUCAGUGGAAAAUUUCCCUCGGUAGACCACUAUCUGGAGGUACACCUAAAUUUGCUGAAAGAAGACUUUAUGAUCCCGCUCCGGGAAGGCAUAGAGGCGUACGUAACGCACAACAAAAGUGGCUCCGAUAAGCCCUUUUACGGGGACAACAUUCGCGUUCACGAGUGCGUCAAGCUACUACUUCCGGGCAAUGUGAAUCGUCGGUCCGCCAAAGAAGAGUUGGUAAUUGUGGAUUUGGAUCCGAUGGAGCGCGCCAUUGGUGCUGGGAAAUCGACACGCUUCAGUAAGUGGGGUUUGGCGAACUCCAAACGUCUGAUGCACGGUUCAAUGGUUUGCUUCUCUUCCGGAGUGCAGUUUGACGAUCUGAUUGUGGCCAUCAUCAGUCACCGCGAUGGAGAGCAGCUCUCCAAUGGGUACAUUUGUGUGGAGAUCAUCAAGGUGGAGAACAUGAACGACAUAUUCAACCGGGAACUUCUGAUGAUUGAGAGUGAGAUAUUUUUCGAGCCGUAUCACCACGUCUUUAACGUGGUGAAGAAUCUCAAACCGGACACGUUCCCACUGAAGUCCUACAUUGUGGACACACAAUCGCAGCAUCAGUACCCGGAUUACAUCUCCCGGGACCGCAAGGCCAUGUUCAGCCACAAAGGGCAGUUGUAUAAUGUAAAAGUUCCAAGCGAGUGGCCCGAAAGCGGAUCCCCGAUCGGGCUCAAUCCUUCACAGUACAAAGCGUUCAAGUUGGCGUUGACACACAAAUUUGCUCUGAUCCAGGGACCUCCCGGCACGGGGAAAACAUUUAUUGGUCAGGAAAUAGUUCAGGCCCUCCUGUCGAACACCGAGCAUCAAAUUCUGCUUAUUUGUCUGACCAACCAUGCAUUAGAUCAGUUCCUGAGCGGGGUUCUACGUUACAGCAAUAGCAUCGUUCGCAUGGGCAGCCAAUCGAAGCAUGCCUUACUGGACAGCUACAACGUUAAGCAGCUCAACGAAGACGUGCUAAUCGAUAAGCGUCUGCGAACAUGCUACUACAACAGCAAACAAGAAUAUCUCAAACAAAUGGAAGAGUUCGAAAAGCUCCAGAAAGAGGGCAGCAGCGAAGAGAUUGUGCAAUGUCUCAAUCGCCUCCAGCAAUCAUCCCGUCGGAUCCAUGAGUUGAACCAGUUGUCGAACUACGAAUUCGUCAAGAACAUCCGAGUAGUCGGUAUGACGACUACCUUCGCCGCCCGUAAUCACAGCCUACUGCAACUCCUGAAAUCCCCCAUCGUCCUAAUUGAGGAAGCUGCGGAAGUCCUGGAAUCGCACAUCGUCGCUUCUCUAACCCCCUUUACCGAACACUGCAUCCUAAUCGGGGACCACUUCCAACUACGUCCGACCACCAGCGUUUACGCCCUAGCGCAACGCUACCAAAUGGACAUAUCGCUGUUCGAGCGCAUGAUCAAAAACCAGGUCAAUGUGGUUUGCCUGGAGGAGCAACACCGGAUGCGUCCGGAAAUGGCAGACCUGAUCAGACCAACGAUCUAUCGGAACCUGACGGACAGUGACACGGUCCGGGGGCGACCGAAAGUGAAAGGUAUGCGGAAGAAUAUGUUCUUUUUCACGCAUACCGUCCCGGAGGAUGCAGCUGGGAGGGACGAUGAAAAGUCCAAGAAGAACAGUUUCGAGGGCAAGUUUGUACUCGGGCUGGCAGAAUAUCUGGUUGCGCAGGGUUAUCGACCGGAGGAUAUCGUCAUUUUGACGGCGUACAAUGGACAGAUGCUGCAUCUGGUGCAGGAACGCAAGGGCCACGAAAAGCUGCACGGCAUCCGGAUAACGGUGGUGGACAACUACCAGGGCGAGGAAGCCAAAAUUAUCCUGCUCUCGUUGGUCCGUAGCAACGAGUCCGGCUCGAUUGGCUUCCUGGCGUUUCGCAAUCGGAUUUGCGUGGCACUGUCCCGGGCCCGCAACGGUCUGUACAUGGUGGGCAACAUGAGCCUGCUGGCGGGCUGCAGCAAGAUUUGGAAAAGUAUUGAACAAAGACUGGAAGAACACUCGGCCAUCGGCGACACGCUGGAGCUGAUGUGCGAAGAGCAUAUGAAUAUUAUUAAGAUCAAACAUCCGGAUGAGUUUGAAAAGGUUGGAUUCGGUGGCUGUCAGGACAUGUGCCGCGUGGUGAAGGAAUGUGGGCAUCAGUGCGACAGCUUCUGCCACGGGUCGAUGUAUCCGCAUCGGACCUGCUUGUGCUAUCAGGAAGAGGUGACCGGAUACUACUGAAAGACAACUCGACACGAUGCAGGAUUUUGAUUAACGAUACUAAUAUAAAGCUAUAAUAUUUACAUUUUAUGCGGUAAUCGCACCAUUUUAAAACCUUCAAGCAGAUUUUUUAACAAACGUCUCUAACAAUCGAUAUAAAAUGAAUUUUACGUACAAUUUUAUUCCUUAUCCAUGAAUAUAAGUAACGAGAAUUAUAUGCCGCUAGUAGCAGAUUAAAAUGAAUUGAUAAACCCCUUUCUCUUCAGAAGAGGAAUACUCGUCUAGUUUAUAGAAUUCCACGAAAACACAAAUAUAUUUAUUCGCAAAUAUAGAA